AUGUCCACCACCAGGCACGACUACAAGAUUACUUUGGUCACCCUUGGCCGAUGGUCGGUGGGCAAGACGUCGUUGGCACGACGUUUCGCGCAGGGCAAGUUUGAUGAAAACCAAUUUGCCACAGUUGGAGCCAUGCAUCUCCACAAGGUGGUGGACUCCGAAGGUAGCCAGGUGCUCGUCGAAAUAUGGGACACGGCCGGUCAGGAGCAGUACGACGCCAUCACCGACCAGUACUACCGGAGCGCGCAGGGCGUGCUCAUCGUCUACGACGCCACCGAUCCCGACUCGUUCGAGCGGGCCAAGCAGUGGGUGGAGAAGCUGCGGAAGGAGGUGAUGGGCCGCCACAACAAGCAAGGCCUCGUCGUGGCCGUCGUGGCCAACAAAGUCGACAAGGUCGACGAACGCAACCGACUCAUGCGGGCCGGGCAGACGUUCGCGCUGGAGGAGGGCUUCCUGUACUUUGAGACCUCGGCCAAGACGGGCGCCAACGUCGACGUCCUCUUCGAAUCUAUGGUGAAAGCGGUGCCGGCGCCGGCGCACAUGGGACCGGUGGUGUCCCUCGACGAGUUCGACCGGGAACGGAGCCCUCCCGCCUCCUCGUGCACCUGCUGA